ACCAAGAGGCGACAUCGAUCGUGCACCGAGCGGGAAUCCUGUUGUCGCCUGCCGAUUAACCACCGGUCGUUCUAGAGCGUCCGUAUCCCGGAGUGACGGCGCGAGGCCAACUGCCGCUUCAUCUGAGUGUCCCCAUCAUGACCGAAGGGGCUGCUCCCGCCACGGCCGGCUCCCCGCUGGACAUCGACAUCGACCCGGACUUCGAGCCGCAGAGCCGGCCCCGCUCCUGCACUUGGCCCCUGCCUCGUCCAGAUUUGCCCGCCUCCUCUUCUCCGGGCAAGACCGAGCCGUCCGACGCUGCUCAGAUGAUCCCCGAGGAAGAAGAAGUGGAUGAAGAGGACGAGGAGCCGGGCCCCUUGCUCGGCACCGCUGCCGCGGGAGAGCCAGAGUCCGAGCCGCCUGGAGGAGACGCUUUGAAGAAGCAGCAGCAGCCGGCGGGGCUGAGCGGUCCCCGAGGUUCUCGCUCGCCGUCCUCGGCUCACUCUCCCGGAGGAGGCGGCGGCCUCAGUGCAGGAGGAGGCGCGGGACCCCAACAGCGGAAAGCCUCGUCCCGCAGGAACGCUUGGGGCAACAUGUCGUACGCGGAUCUGAUCACGAAAGCUAUCGAGAGCUCCCCAGACAAGAGACUAACUCUGUCGCAGAUCUACGACUGGAUGGUCCGCUCCGUGCCCUACUUCAAGGAUAAGGGAGACAGCAACAGUUCGGCCGGCUGGAAGAAAAAGGUCUUGAAGAACCUGGCAGUGUCCCUUGGUUAUUCUAGCAUUCUGCUAACUAACUAACAUCAACAUGGCUGGAGGUGGAUAGAUAUGCCUGGAGUUGAAAAUAUGUACCCAGAGCUUCCUUCACAUCUGCAACAGAAGGCAAUUUUUGAUGUGUCUUAUUUUACUAUGAACUUUGCUUGUUAUGAAAACUGAAUGCUUAGUUUGAAGUGCAGAAGCAAACUUUGUUUAACCAUGGCCCCUCUUGUUAAUCUGAUGUCUGUACCUCUACCUUUUACUAAUAUGUAACUAAACUGUAAUAUACUAUGUUCACUGAAGAAGUUUAUAGCUGUCCUAGGAUUGGUAUUAAUUAUCAAUCCUAGUUUGAAUAUUGUAAUCAUUAAUGUAUGGGCCAGAGAACAUCAGAGGAAAGGUUAAUGGCAAGAUGGAGAAUAAUUGAGAAACGUUCUCCACUUAAGGUUGUGAUGGCUAAAUGUUGCUGAGUUAGUCUCAUAAGAAUUUUGAGACUAGGGAGCAAACAAGUGUUUAAAAAUCUGAUAGUGGUUACAUUUAUGAUUUCAAAUGCCAUCUGCAUUUUGGAGGAAAUGCUGUUGCGUGUUUCAAUGAAGAUAGUAAAUUUUCCUCUGGCCAAUAGGCUGCGAAAGCCGCAUCAAUUGUUGUAUCUGUCUGGUGCAAGAAGCAUUUGAGUAUAGCAGUUUUUAAAAUACACCUGACAUUUGAAUGAAGCAUGAUUAGAAUGUAGUUCUGUCCAUGGGCUAGGCAGUAGGAAGUACUGCAUGUAGCUGUUUACAUUGAUAUCUGAUGUG